UCCGAGCGGCGGGCCGGGCCAUGGGGGCGCCGCGGGAUCGGAUCACAUAGUCUCGGCGCGCCAAGAGCCAGCGCGGCCCUUCCUACAACCCAGUCAUGGGCGGUCGUGGCGUCCCCUUGUGUGUGGCGCAGCCCGCGGUGGCCGAGGGUGGCCCGGCCCGAGAACCGCUGCCGCUCCUGGAGGUGUCUCCGCGCAAGAGGCUGCCUGCCCGGCCCGACCAAGACCCAUGCGGUAGCAGACCUGCCCCCGAGGGCGCUGGUGCCGGCGCAGAGCAGGGCCACUUAGCCAGCGGGGGCGGCUGGUGCCGCCACUGCCACACGAAGCUCGUGGAGCUAAAGCGACAGGCGUGGAAGCUGGUCAGUGGGCCCGGGACGCCCCUCCGGGAUCCUUGCCUCUCUGCUCUGCUUCUUGAUAAGCUCCCGGCACCCGGAGUCCUGCCAACGUGCCGUCCUGAGGCCGAGAGCCGCUGCGAUGUCUGCACCACCCACCUGCACCAACUCACGAGGGAGGCCCUGGGCCUGCUUCAGGCCCCUGCCAGCCGUGAGGACCCCGAUGUCCCUCAAGGAGGCCUCAUGCCCCAUCUCCCCGGAACCAUGACCAGCUCCAGGGACACACCCGGGCCAGCUGGCCCUGCUGGGAGGCAGCCCCCGGUGGGGCCAGACAGGGUGAAGGGGCUGGCCUGGCCUCCUGGAGCCAGCGUCCAGGUGUCUGUGGCACCCGCGGGUCUCGGGGGAGCCUUGAGCACGGUCACCAUCCAGGCCCAGCAGUGCCUGGAGAGCAUGUGGAGCCUCUCGAGGGUCAACAGCUUCCUGCCACCCACCUGCCUGGCUGAGGCGGCUGUGGCUGCUGUGGCCGUGGCAGAUACGGUCCGAGAUGGCCCCCCUAUACCAGGCCCUGAUGGCGUGUCCAAGGCAUGGGGUCGUGGGGCAGCCUGCACAGCAGCCCUGGUCACCCCAGCCCCAGGCACCUCGACUGGAGGUUCCACAGGCCCAUCGGCUGCAGCCUCUUUCUUUAUUAGGGCUGCCCAGAAGCUCAGCCUGGCUUCCAAGCGCAAGAAGCACCACCCACCACCUGCCCCUGCCACCCGUGGUACCUCUACAUAUCCCACUGACUUCAGUGGCAUCCUGCAGCUGUGGCCACCCCCGGCACCCCCCUGCCUGCUCAGGGCUGCCAAGGCCAAGGACAACCCCGGAGGCUUUGGAAAGGUGAAGGUCAUGCUCCGCAUCUGGCCGGCACAGGGGGCCCAGCGCUCAGCCGAGUCUGCAUCCUUCCUGAAGGUGGACCCUCGGAAGAAGCAGGUGACCCUCUACGACCCGGCUGCUGGGCCUCCUGGCAGUGCAGGGCUACGGCAUGCUGCCACUGCGGCUGUCCCCAAGAUGUUUGCCUUUGAUGCUGUUUUCCCCCAAGACUCAGAGCAGGCUGAGGUCUGCUCGGGCACCGUGGCCGAUGUGCUGCAGUGUGUCGUUGGCGGGGCCGAUGGCUGCAUUUUUUCCUUUGGCCACACGAGCCUUGGCAAGUCAUACACCAUGAUUGGGAAGGACAGCUCACCCCAGAGCCUGGGAGUCGUGCCCUGUGCCAUCUCCUGGCUCUUCAGGCUCGUUGACGAACGCAAGGAAAGGACUGGCACACGCUUCUCCAUCCGAGUCUCGGCCGUGGAGGUGUGCGGCCAGGACCAGAACCUGCGGGACCUGCUGGCUGAGGUGGCCUCUGGCAGCCUCCAGGACACUCAGUCUCCAGGCGUGUACCUGAGAGAGGACCCCGUGUGUGGGGCACAGCUCCAGAACCAGAGCGAGCUGCGGGCACCCACCGCAGAGAAGGCGGCUUUGUACCUUGACGCAGCCCUGGCUGCCCGCAGCACCAGCCGUGCCGGUUGUGGGGAGGACACCCGGCACAACUCCCACAUGCUCUUCACGCUGCAUGUCUACCAGUACCGCGUGGAGAAGUGUGGCCAGGGAGGAAUGUCUGGAGGCCGGAGCCGCCUGCACUUGAUUGACCUGGGCAGCUGUGAGGCGACGCCCAGCAGGGGCACGGAGGCUGCUGGAGGACCCCUGUGUCUGUCCCUGUCAGCCCUGGGCAGCGUUAUCUUGGCCCUGGUCAAUGGGGCCAAGCACGUGCCCUAUAGGGACCACAGACUCACAAUGCUGCUGCAGGAGUCUCUGGCUGCCACCAGCUGUCGUACCACCAUGAUUGCCCAUGUCUCAGACGCGCCGGCCCACCAUGCUGAGACACUUAGCACCGUGCAGCUUGCUGCCCGUAUCCAGCGCCUACGCAAGAAGAAGGCCAAGUAUGCAUCCAGUUCCUCGGGUGGGGAGAGCUCCUGUGAGGAAGGCCGAGCCCGCCGCCCCCCACACCUGCGGCCCUUCCACCCACGUACCAUGGCCCCGGACCGCGACCGCCCAGCUCCUAGUUUGCCUGGUGACCCUGACUACUCAUCCAGCAGUGAGCAGUCCUGUGAUACGGUCAUCUACGUGGGACCUGGAGGGGCAGCACUGUCAGACCGGGAUCUCACUGAUAAUGAGGGUCCACCUGACUUUGUGCCCAUCAUUCCUGCCCUGAGCCGCCGCCGGCCCUCUGAGGGCCCACGGGAUGCCGACCAUUUUCGUUGUAGCACCUUUGCAGAGCUGCAGGAGCGACUGGAGUGCAUCGAUGGCAGUGAGGGACCCCUGGGACUCCUGGGUGACUCUGAUGCAGCUCAGGCCAGCCCCGCUAGAGGGGGCAGGAAGCCCUCGCCACCUGAGUCUGUAUCCCCCAGGAAGGCUGUGGGCCCCCCAGUGGCCACUAGCACCCCUCGAGGCAGCUCUGGACCAGACAUCCACCAGGGUGCCCCUGAUCCCUCCAAAAUCAGCGCCCAGGUUGACCAGAGAGCAGACAGUAGCACCCGGCCUCAGCUGCCCAUCCUGGACAAGGCCACAGGUGGUGGAGGCAGAAGGCCACUGCCUAGCCCGGCCCCUCCACCACCUCGGCAGUUGGAAGCUAGAGGAGCCCCUGUGGAGCCUGGGGGAGGGGGAACUGACAGUGUGGUGCGGACGCCGCCAGUGGGCAUGAGUGGACAGGUGGGCCGGCCCCCGCUGCUUUCAGAUGCAGCCUGCCCCUGCCCAUCUGCUAGUGGCCGCUGUCUGGAACGGGGCCUGCUGACCACCACAGUGACCUUGCAGCAGCCUGUGGAGCUGAAUGGCGAGGACGAGCUGGUGUUCACAGUGGUGGAGGAGCUGCCCCUGGGGGGGCUCGCAGGGGCCACACGGCCCUCCAGCCUGACCAGCUUUGGUAGUGACUGCUCCCUGCAGGCCCUGGCUUCUGGCUCACGACCAGUCAGCAUCAUCAGCAGCAUCAAUGACGAGUUUGAUGCCUACACCUCCCAGGUCCCCGAGGGCCCAUGUGGCCCUGGGGAGCCCCUGGAUGGGGCAGCCUGGGCUGGUGGCAGUCCUGGCUCAUCCAUCGGCUCCUGGCUCAGCAAGGUCAGCGUCUGUACAGCCGUUAGCCAUAGUCCUGAGCCACAGAUUCCCUUCAGCCCUGAUUCUACAGCAGGGCCUGGCCCCCCAGAGCCUCCUGCCCAGGGAAGCUCUCUGGAGGAUAGCAACCUCAGGUCAUGGGAGCAUGGUCGGCCUGACAGUCCUGGCCCAACUGGGAGGCCUCAUUCCAGGGAAGCAUCUGCAGCAACCCUGACCCGACCUGGCAUGGAGCCCUGGGUGGGGUCCCUGCAGGGAGCAGCUGUAGCCCAGACCAUCCACUCUAGCCUGCCCCGGAAAUCCAGGACUACAACAGCCAGCCGCCCAGGCUGUGCUCGCUUGGGCCGGGGUCCACUUAGCCCCGGAGGCCCUUGCGAGGACCCCUGGCUGCUCCGGGUAGAUGAUGGUGACAUGCUGCCAGUAGCCUCUGCUAGCAGUGCUCCCAGUCCGACUCCAGGCUCCCCCCGGCUGCCUGAGGUACAGGCAAUGCUGGCCUGUGCCCAGAGGGUGGUGGAUGGAUGUGAGGUGGCAGCCAGGGUGGCCCGCAGGCCAGAGGCUGUGGCUCGGAUUCCACCAUUGAGGAGGGGUGCCACCACACUGGGGGUAACCACAAUUACUGCAUCUGGUGGGGACACUUUGGCUGAAGCAGUGAUUUGCUCAGGCAGCUUGAAGGCCUCCCUUAGCAGCAAGAAGAGUGUGGCUCCCAAGGGGGGCUUUUUCCCAAGGCCCAGUGGGGCAGCCCCUCCAGCUCCACCUGUGCGCAAGUCCAGUCUAGAGCAGAGCAGCCCGGCCCUGGCCCCCUCCCAGGCCUUGGGCCCGACCCGGGCUGGGACUGCUGCUGUUUUCCGAGGCGAGGAAGAAGUCAGGCCCAGUGGCCGGGCUGACCACUCUGUUCCCAAGGCCACAUCCAGCUUGAAGGUCCGAGCUGGCAAGAUGGAGGUGGCACCCCGCCCCACUGGCCACACGUCCCUGGAGCGGUACGAGGGGCUGGCACACAGCAGCAAGAGCAGGGAAGGCCCCCGGCCACCCCGGGCUGUGCCCAGAUUGGGUGUGCCACCUGCCAGUCCCACACCUGGGCCCACCCCUGCCUGUAGGAGCAGCCCAGCUAAGGGUAUGGGGGCUCCCAAGCCUCCAGCUGGUGGGGCCAAGGGCCGUAGCCUAGUGGCUGGUGGGACUCGGGCUCUGGGUGCUUCAGUAAAGCCACUGGCCCCUGUGUCAGGUAGGACUCCUGGUGGCCCUGUGUCAGGUCCCCGGUCAGCCCCACGGGCUGUGUCUGGUGCUGGGGCCAAGACUGGCCGGGGCACCAUUAUGGGCACCAAGCAGGCACUCCGGGCUGCCCAUAGCCGCGUCCAUGAGCUGGCGGCCAGUGGGGCUUCUGGCAGAAGUGUCCCCUCGUGGGGCUCGGCUGACUCAGACAGUGGCAAUGACAGCGGCGUGAACGUGGCUGAGGAGCAGCUGCCCGCGGGCCCCUCCCUGCCCUCCCCCUACAGCAAGGUGACGGCCCCAAGGCGGCCCCAACGCUACAGCAGUGGCCACGGCAGUGAUAAUAGCAGUGUGCUGAGUGGGGAACUCCCGCCUGCCAUGGGCCGCACCGCGCUCUUCUAUCACAGUGGCGGGAGCAGUGGCUAUGAGAGCAUGAUGCGGGACAGUGAGGCUACCGGCAGUGCAUCCUCGGCUCCUGACUCCAUGAGCGAGAGUGGGGCCGCCUCCCCAGGCGCCCGCUCACGCAGCCUCAAGUCCCCCAAGAAGAGGGCCACAGGUCUGCAGCGGCGACGACUAAUACCAGCCCCACUGCCUGAUGCUACUGCACUGGGCCGAAAGCCCAGCCUCCCUGGACAGUGGGUGGACCUGCCUCCACCUCUAGCCGGCUCUCUGAAGGAGCCCUUUGAGAUCAAGGUGUAUGAAAUCGAUGACGUGGAGCGCCUACAGCGGCACCGCCUGCCUCUGCGGGAGGACCCGGACCAGAUCAGGCCCUCCCAGGAUCUGGAGAAGGCCCUGGUAUGUGUCAACUCCAAGGUGCGGCUGGCCGAGCGCAGGCAGCAGCGGCUGCGGGAAGUGCAGGCCAAACGUGACCACCUCUGUGAGGAGCUAGCUGAGACCCAGGGCCGUCUGAUGGUGGAGCCUGGCCGCUGGCUGGAUCAGUUCGAGGUGGACCCAGAGCUGGAGCCUGAGUCUGCUGAGUACCUGGUGGCCCUGGAGAGAGCCACAGCUGCCUUGGAGCAGUGCGUGAACCUGUGCAAGGCCCACGUCAUGAUGGUCACCUGCUUCGAUAUUGGUGUUGCCGCCACUGCUGCUGUACCGGGGCCACAAGAGGUGGAUGUUUGA